AUGUCCAAAAGGUUCAGCCACCAGUUGCGGCACAACAUCACAGAAGACGCCUAUUGUAAGACACACCUGGAACCAACCCACCUAUUCUGUGACGAUGACCAAAUCACACUGUGCAGCACCUGUUUCCAGUCCCAGGAACACAAGCAUCACAUGAUGUAUGGGAUACAAGAAGCCGCUGAGAAUUACAGGAAGUUACUCCAAGAAAUAUUGAACACACUGAAGGAGAAACUUGAAGUAGCUAAAAGCAUAUUGGCUGAUGAGCAAGAAAGAAUGAUGACGGUUCAGGAGGAAGAACAGAAUUAUAAAGAGAUGAUUGAGUCUGAAUAUAGAACAAGGCUCCAGUUGUUGAGUGAAGUGAAUGAGCUGAACCUCCAGAGACUACCAGGAUGCACCUCUGACUUGAACUUGGGAGAAGCCAGUCUGAAUCAAUCGAUUGGGUUUGCCGCGGAGCUAGAGAAGUCCUCCCAGGAAAUGCUACAGAGACUGAGCCAUCUGGGGAGAGAGAACAUGAACAAACUGAAGGAGAGCGAGGUCAGAGUUUCUGAGCAGAUCUGCAGCCUCCAAAGGGCCACUGCAGAGCUGGAGAAGAAGUGUGGGGAACCAGCCUUAGCAGUGCUCAAGAAUGCAAGAUAUUGUUUGGAAAGGAGUGAGUCACUACUGCUUCAGUGUCUAGAGCCUGCUCGCAUCACAGACCUGAGUUUAUGCCAAACACUAGGAAUGAGCCAAAUACUAAGAGUGUUCCACAGAUUCAUAACUUUGGAUCCCAGAACAGCUCAUCCCUGCCUGGUCUUGUCUGAGGACCUGAGAAGCGUGAGAGUUGGAAGUGUCCAGAAAGAUGUGCCUGGCGACCCAGGGAGAUUCGACUUCGGGGCCACUGUGUUGGGUCUGGAAAGCUUCACCUCCGGGAGGCACUACUGGGAGGUAGAUGUGGAAAAGGCGACCAAGUGGCAAUUGGGCGUAUACCAAGUUUCUGCAAACAGAAAGGGCACCGUGCCCACAGCCUCUGGAGAUAAAGUCUUACUCAUGGGGUCCAUGAUGGGGACUGAUUAUACCUUCUGGGUUUUCCCCCCUUUGAAAAGGGUUUCCCUGAGAAAGCCAAUGCACAAAGUUGGAGUUUUCCUAGACUAUGAAUAUGGACACAUAUCAUUCUACAAUGUGACAGAGAGAACCCUCAUUUAUAAUUUCUCUCGCCUCUUCUUCCAAGGAGCUCUUAGGCCUGUAUUUUCUCUUUGUAUCCCAAAUUGA